GAUCAUUUGCAUCUCUAGCGGACUCUACAACUGCACUCUCUCUCACUUUUGCUUACAAGUUACACAGUCUUCCUUUCUCCCUCCUUCAGAUUCACGAAUCACGACAAACGCGCGGCUGCCUCACUCUGCCUCCAGUCCAGAUCGCUCCUCUGCUCGCUGCGGUCCUGCGGCCUCCUCUGCCUAACUGCCUCUGUGGCCGUUCGUCCUCUCUACUGCCUCCGUGUCCGUUCGUCCUCUCUGUUCGCCGCAACCUCAUCUGUCUCCAGAUCGCGUUGCUGCUUUGUUCAAAAGUAGACUCUGCAACUGGACUCUCUCUCCCUUACUGCCUCUGUGGCAGUUCGUCGCUCUCUAUUCGCUGCAACCUCAUCUGUCUCCAGAUCGCGUUGCUGCUUUGUUCAAAAGAUUAAUAACAGGAUUCAUCGUGCGCGCACACUCUUCCCAUUUUCAUUCUUUUCAUUUCCAACAAUGUCUACCGUAAACGGCACCGUUGCACACAUUUUUCUCCGAGUCAAGAAGCUCUCCGACAAAGCCGUUCUGCCUUCAAGGGCUUCCCCUCUCUCCGCUGGUUACGAUCUUUCCUGCGCCGCCGCUACUCACGUUCCGGCGCGAGGCAAGGCUCUUAUUCCCACCGAUCUCUCCAUCGCCAUCCCUGAAGGAACCUAUGCCCGGAUUGCACCGAGAUCGGGGUUAGCUUGGAAGCAUUCAAUUGAUGUGGGUGCUGGAGUGAUUGAUGCUGAUUACAGAGGUCCUGUUGGUGUUAUACUGUUCAAUCAUUCAGAUGUUGAUUUUGAAGUAAAAGUUGGUGAUAGGAUUGCUCAGUUGAUUAUUGAGAAGAUUAUCACUCCUGAGGUUUCUGAGGUUCAGGAUUUGGAUUCCACUCUUAGAGGGGAAGGUGGUUUUGGAUCAACUGGGGUUUAAAUUUCAUGAUUAUUAUUAUCUUUUUUUUUUUUGGUUACUUUUUAGGUUCCUUAUUAGUUAACCUUUGAAUGCGACGAGAACCGUCCAUUUCUCCAAUUUUCUACAUAUAUGUGUACGCGUGACAUGAAAGUGAUAAAUUGAUACUAAAAAGAACAACUAGCAAAACAAAAUUUAAUUACCUGUUUUAA